AUGGAAACCAACGCAACAAACCCCUCCCAGCUCGGCGACCCGGUCUCCCUCAAAGCAGAGACGUCCUCGACGUCACCAACCGCGUCCGACAGAGGCUCUGCUGCGUCGUCCCCAUCUUCAGCCGGCGCUGCGAUCCAGAAUAUCAAGAAGGUUGCGCCGACGCCGACGGAAGGAGAUGGGCCGAAGCGAGGAGGCGGAAGCGGGAGUGGGAAUGGGAAUGGAGAGAAGACGUUGAGGCAGCGAGCGAUGAAUAAGUUGGAGGAGAACCCGAGUCAGCUGGGGGAUCCGGUGAGCUUGAAGGCUGAAACGGCGGAUAGCGAGCCGACGAGCGAGGAUAGGGGUGCGAGGAGUGGGAAGUCGAAGCUGUGA